AUGCUCGACUUCACCGACGAAGAUGAUUCGUACUGGUGGGCCAGAUCGCCAGGCGACCUACAGAUCUUUGAUGUGCCUGACGUGCCGGUGCCCACCCUCAACAUUCAUCCGAUUCUUUACGAGUAUGAAUACGACAAGUGGAUGGAAAGGGUGGGAGCUAUACCGGAAGCUGUAGUCGACCUUGACCCAAACUACAAGCCGUUACCCCCGAGAGAUCUCGCGCCGGAACUUAUGACGGUUCUGAGGUUCGGCAGAACACCAACUUGGCCAGACCUCUGGCGGGACGCGAUCUCAUCGCCCUACUUCGCUUGGCCAAACUACAAGCCCUGUCUGGGCGGCCCGAUAACCUGCUUCACUUGUCUCAAGCCCCUGGACAUCCCGUAUGCCCAGGAGCCGGAGGGUGCCUUCGGAAACUAUGACGGUGAGGCACCAUUCGAAGAUGCCGUGAUCGUCGAGGGAUGCUCUCAUAUAAUGGGCGCCGAUUGCCUCCAGGCGUGGUUGAAAUCCAAAUACCCAAACGAUGGCCAAAAGGACUUUUACCGUUGGGUCCGCGGCGAGAUCAUGCUAGGCGAAUGGGAUGAAGACUUUCAACAAAGAAUCAAACCCUAUCACGAGAACCCGGCCCUGCGGAGAACUAUCGAACCUGGUUGCCCCAUAUGUGCUGCUCCCCAAACAAUCGACACAAACUAUGGCACAGAAACCAUGGAUCGCAGCGCCGUGACCUUCAAGUUCCCCAACAUUAAACGCAUCAACGUGCAGUGCAUUCGGUCGUAUGCCGAAAUGACCGAAAACGACAUGCUCGUUGCUGGGUUUCCCUGGAUUGUACUGUGGUCCAAGAAGAGCUAUCGCGAGGAAGUGGAAAGGCAAGGAGUCUACUUUAGAACCAUAUUAGAACAGCAUGAACAGCUGGGUUGCGAAACACACCCGGACGUCCCCGGCGGGCCUUACAAUGCCCUGGACUACGCCUAUUUGAGGAACAAGGCCUACGAACGUGUGCUCAUGCUCCACGUGGGAGAGUUGCUUUAUCAAGAUCACCUGUGGAGAUCACAGAACCCACACGCGGAUGUUGGCUCGGGCUCGGACGAGGAUAUGAUGGAUGUAGAUUAUGACGACAAUAAUCCACCGCCGCCGGGGGGGGGAGGGCCUGGCGCUGGAAACCGUCAACAGCCACGAACACCACCGAACCGGCAACCGCGACCACCAGUGGUGCAUCGACCGCCGCCGCCGGCAAACCCACCGAACCCGGGCCUGGCGCGGCCGCCGAUUGUCCCACGGUGGUUGAAACAAAGCAAGCGCAAUCCCAACCCCCAUCCAAGGCCGCUGGAUCCAAACGAGCCGGCACCACCGCCAGUCCUUCCGGCGCCGGACCCCUGGCCCCUGGACUACGACACUCCGGAAGAGCUGAACCCCCUUCGGUGUCCCUGGUGCGGCAGAGACGAUUUCAAAAAAGUCACCGAAAGGCGCAAGCACGAGUACAGGUUUCAUAACCGCCCUGACCUGGGAAUGGCGGGAAGGCUAGCUCGAGAUGACCGUCGCGCUGCAAGGAAAGACGCAGCAGACAUGCUUCGAGCAGCGCGUCGACUGCAAGAACUUCAGGCAGCGGACCCACCGCAAGGGGAUGAGCAACAACUUCGACAAGCGCAGCAAGCCUGGCUGGAUGCGCGGAGACCACUGCGACCUGGGACGCAGCCGGAUUCACCGCAACCGCCAGGAGAGGCGAGGACAGGCAGCCCGGCAGUGGAACGUGCAGAGCGACUGAGAGCCUUCUGGUUGGAACGUGCACAGCAGGAUGAACAACAACGUGAGGAGUAUAAGGCUAAGAUACAGCGCGAAGCUACACGACGUGAGCUGGAACCACAUGAAGAACUGUGGCUGCAAGGGGGUCGGGCUGAAGAGGCACUUGUAGCUGCCCGGGUUGGCCGGGAACAGCAGCAGCAGCGGUUCGGGGCAGGAAGGGCUGAAGCAACAAUUUUAGCUGUGCGGCGGCAGCAGCAGCAGCAGCAGCAGACACCAGAGCCCGAAUCACCGCCUGACGAUAUAUACGGCGUAUCACCUCGCAGGUCGUGA